AUGUUACGACAUAGCGUUUCUCGAUAUUCCCCUACACCAGGGCUAGUUUCCUCUGGGGAAAGUCUGCUUCGUAAGAGUGAAAGCACGCUGCACCGCAUCCAGAGGCGUGAUAUAACGCUGCGCAUCCCAAGCCGCGAUGGCCUUCUUCGUGUUGCCUUUUGCAGUUCAAAGAUGCUGCUUUUCGAAACGAUCUGGCGGCAUCGUAUUCUGGAUGCAAAACCCGUCAAUAUUCCUUUCCUUCAGCUCUUAGGGACCCAUUUGAGUUUGACAAAUCUGCUUGCCUCCCUUCAGGAAGGAGAGGAGCGCGUGAUAUGCCGCUUUACGGGCCGUGAGGCAACCAUCGUCACGGAGGCCCUUGCUCUGGGGGAAUGUCGCUGCUACCUUAAGAACGACUCCAACAACGUGCUGGCGGGGUCCACCUGCGCGACCUUUCCACUAAAAGUAGAUCGCAUUCUUUACAAUCAAACCAAGCCCUUUACCUCUAUCGUGAACGCGGAUUUAGAGCGGCUUUCUGAGUGUGAAAGCACUCUUCAGUCGAAGAAUAGUGGCUUGGCGCACAUGGAUGCACUCGACGAGAUCAUCGCUUUGCUUAAGAAAGGUGUUCUCAAGCCGUCCUCCUGUUUGCUUCCUUCCUCACCACUUUUGGGGUUAAGAGGGUUAAAAUCUCUCUCCCCACAGGUACUCGAGGUAUUCUUUAACUACAAUAUUUCUCUACAUGGGUAUAACCUCUUUCGUCAGUCGGAUGGCUGCGCAGCGGCGAUCUUCGCGCACACCUCAUUAUCAGCGCAACGCAUCGAAGAGCUCGCCAGGGCUUUGAUGUGCGAGGAGUCGGAGAUUGAGAAUCACAAGGCUAAAUGGCUGACGGCGUUACCGAGUAUAAUUCCCCUUUCCUUCGGCGUCGUUGUGCAGCCUCUCGCGGCGGGUAAUGUGAUUGAAUGGCAACUGUGGCGCCUUCAGUCCGCGUUAAUGCAGGCAGGGACGGCAUUAGCGACGACAGAAACGCGAAUCCAUCGUAUCCCCGACGACGUUUUAGCUCUAAGAGAUUUAUUUGAGCGCUGUGCAGCAACGCACACUACCUGUCAGUACAUCCUUAGCCUCAUCUCUGGAGACUACGAGGGCGCCCACGCGGCGUCGGCAAGGGCACGCCAAUUUACGCACCCUAUCGAAGAGGUCACGGCGAUUGUCCAGCCCCUUCGUCGGGCUUUGGAUAUCAAUGAUAUUUCUAUUGAAUUGAAUGCAUCUGCGGCGGUGCGUACAGGGCUGGACUUUUUCUGCCGUUGCUCCACCGCCAAUCUUUUACAGACGCUUGUAGAUGUUCCGGAGGGAGCACUGCAGGAGCUGAUGUUGACGAACGAGUUUCACUGCACUUACUGCGGGAAAGUUCUUCGCGCGAUGCCGGAGGAGUGGGAGUAUUUGAUGGAAAGGCGUGCCAAACAUUUCGUUGGAAAGUCCUAG